UCCCCUCCAGUCUUGCACAGGUGUACAGGCUCCUCCCCUUCAGUCUUGUACAGGUGCACAGCUCCUCCCCUUCAGUCUUGCACAGGUGUACAGGCUACUCCCCUUCAGUCUUGCACAGGUUACCGGCUCCUCCUCUUCAGUCUUGCACAGGUGUACCGGCUCCUCCCCUCCAGUCUUGCACAGGUGUAUCGGCUCCUCCCCUCCAGUCUUGCACAGGUGUACUGGCUCCUCCCCUUCAGUCUUGCAAAGGUGUACCGGCUCCUCCCCUCCAGCUUGCACAGGUGUACCGGCUCCUCCCCUUCAGGCUUGCACAGGUGUACCGGCUCCUCCCCUCCAGCCUUGCACAGGUGUAACGAGUCCUCCCCUUCAGUCUUGCACAGGUGUACCGGCUCCUCCCCUCCAGCCUUGCACAGGUGUACUGGCUCCUCCCCUCCAGCCUUGCACAGGUGUACCGGCUCCUCCCCUUCAGGCUUGCACAGGUGUACCGGCUCCUCCCCUUCAGGCUUGAACUGGUGUACGGCUCCUCCCCUUCAGGCUUGCACAGGUGUACCGAGCUCCUCCCCUUCAGGCUUGCACAGGUGUACUGGCUCCUCCCCUUGAAUCAGGGAAGGC